GAACAGGCGUUGCAGGCGACGCGCUACGAGGGGCUUGCAUCUGAAAUAUUUAUUCCAUAUAUGUAUACGAAGACGUACGAAUGUAUAUACGAGUACGCUAUUUUCUUUCAGAUUUCCCGAGGAGAAAAUACCCGAGAGAGCGGGUUGAAAAUUACGAGGAAAUGAUCGGGCGACUGUCCGACGUCGGAUUCUUUUGUAUCUCAAGACCGCGUCCCCGGUUCUACACGCGAUAUCAUAAAUUGCACAAUCUCUAAUCAGGGGCCCCCUCGUCUACUUCGUCAAGUAAUCGCGGAGAUGGAAUCCCAGAAUUGGCACGGAUGUCAAUAAAUUCCAACGGUGAAGCGAUAACGCGGAGCUUAGAUCCGCCUCCGAGAAUUAAUUUCAAUCACCGAUUGCCUCUAUAUGUACCGCGACACACGGGGUGAACUGAUUAGGAUGAUCGUUUGAUCAGGCGAUUCGGUAACGGUAUUCUUGCGGGAAUAGAAAUUAUCGAAAUCCGCGAGUUCGUGGUUCGCUGGGGAACUCGAACGUUUUCAUUUGUUACGUUUAAUUUGUUUGCUUCUUUUUUUGGUUUUAUUGGUUUUGUUUUUUCUCUAAUUAACGCCCUUUCGUUAAUGGUCGAUCGAUCGUUACGAUGUUCCGUUCGAUCGAGUUUCUCCCCGAUUCCGCAUUAUACCGGGUACACUACAGCUUUUCAGCUUUAUCGAGCUUCCAGACUCCUAGCGUAACAUCCUGUCGGAGGUUUAUUCGAGUCACGAUUUUCAGAUUCCCGACUAGAUCUCUCGACUACUCGGUUCCUUAACAUUACUAUACCCCCACAUGCGACUAAGGAGGAAGACUAAGAGCAGAAAGAGAAAGUAGCGAGUGGAAAUAGGAAAGUGGAAAGAAGAAGGUAGGAGCUUUUUAUCCGCUCCGGCCUCCCGGUGCAACCGAACUCCAAGUAUAUAAAAGCUCGAUAAACUUUACGGAGGUAAAAUAACAAGAAUAUGGGUGUUCCACUACUGAAACACCAGCGGAGAGAUUUUGAUACGAGGGUUCAUAAAUUAUGAACCAAAUGGGCAGUGGCGACGGUGGUGCGGUGAAAACUCGCUUCAGAUAAACGCCAUGCCAAGAGGAAGAAAAACGCUUUCAACACUUUAUAAAUAGAAAUGCAACGAGCUCUGCUCACGUCAUUUCAAUUCCCCGUUAGUUGCACAAUGAAUCGUGUUUUCCGUCUGCUGGUCUGUCUGGUUGCACCUGCUACCUUGUGCAACGGCUACAACGAUGGAGUUAAAAUCGUCGGAGGCUCGGUAGCAUCCGAAGGGAGUUUUCCGUAUCAAGUAUCUCUGCGUGUGAAAAACGGUCAUUUUUGCGGUGGUUCGAUUUUGAGCAAGCGAUGGAUAUUGACGGCAGGUCACUGCGUCGUCGGUCAGAGAGCCGGUAGAGUGAGCGUGGUCGUCGGGACGAAUCUGCUUUCGAGAGGAGGCGAUUCUUAUGCCGUGGAAAAAUUGCUACUUCACGGGGAUUACGAUCCGUUGCCCAUCAAGAACGACAUUGGCCUCGUUCGCGUCACCGACGACAUUGUCUUCGGUCCAAAAGUACAAGCUGUUCCGCUACCCCACCAAGAUUUCACCGAUUUCGACCAGACAGCGGUUCUGUCCGGAUGGGGAAGAAUAACCUAUCCAGGUGGGAUUCCGGAUGCCCUGCAAACCAUCGAUCUGCGAGUUAUCUCACAAAAAUCGUGCGCCGCCAUUUUUUCGGGAGUAACUGAAUCCAAUAUCUGCACUUUGACCAAAGAAGGACAAGGAGCUUGCCAUGGCGAUUCUGGCGGUCCAUUGACAGCGGAUGGUGUGCAGAUUGGAAUUGUUUCCUACGGAAUGCCUUGUGCCAGAGGAUAUCCCGACGUCUAUACGAAUCUAUGGAGUUACGUGGAUUGGGUGAAAGAACGUAUCGGCGAUGAGUAAUUUCGAUUGGAUCUUUAUUAAAACCAAAGCCAUAGAUGAAAAUGGUGUAUUCGUGAGUCGCGAAUCGCACCGUCGUUGCUUACAAAUGUUGAGAUUUUUCGCAAAUAAAUUCAUACCCUUACUGCUUUA